GGCAGACUUGACAGUAUGGCGGCGGGGUACAGCUGGAAGGAUGCUACUGUUGCCCGUGAUGUGUCUAUCGCCGGUAGGACGUAAAUGGACAGUUGACGGGAAAAAGAGAAGAGGAUUUAGCGAGAAAGGCUUGUCGCCGUGAGCUCCAAAGAUGGCCAGGCUCGCCGACUACUACGUAGUGGUCGGCUACGACCUCGACAAGCGAGUGGAGGGUGAAGGUCAAGGUCGCAUUCUCCAGCGAUUUCCUGAGAAAGACUGGGAGGACAGCCCGUUCCCACAAGGCAUAGAGCUGUUCUGUCAGCCUAGCGGUUGGCAGCUGGUUCCCGAGCGGCAACCUGCGUCCUUCUUUGUAGCUGUUUUGACUGACAUCAACUCGGACCGUCACUACUGUGCCUGCUUCACUUUCUGGGAGGGCCUGGACAACCCACAGCUGCAGAAGACUGAGGCCAGUGAGGCGGAUGAGGUGGAUGAGGAGCUCGCCGUCGUCCAACCAGCUCAGGUCUUUGCCCCCAAGAGCCUGGUGCUGGUGUCCCGACUGGACUAUACCGAAGUGUUUAGGAACUGUCUAGGUCUGAUCUACACCGUCCAUGUAGAUGGCCUGUCUGUCCCCUUGGAAACGGUGAUUGGAAAUCUUCUCACUUGUGUCAUCCCCAUUGCUGGAGGCUCCCAGAUAGAUGAGUCCCCAGUUUGUAGUUUAGACAAGGUUCCUCAGGCCCUGGCCUGUGACUGGCUGCUGGCCUGUCUCCAGCCGGGCCAGGAGGAGAGAGAGGAGAGUUUGAGGACUAUAACGUUAGGUGCUGGCGACCGGCAAGUUAUCCAGACCCCCAUCGAUGACUCUCUUCCUGUCAGUGGCAGCAGCGUGGCCCAGCUCUUCAGGCAGCUUGGUAUAGUCAACGUGUUGUAUCUGUUCUGUGCUGCCCUGACGGAACAUAAGAUCCUGUUCCUGUCCAGCAGCUACCAGAGACUAACAGACGCCUGCCGGGGAUUGCUGGCCAUCAUGUUCCCCCUUAAAUACAGCUUCACCUAUGUUCCCAUCUUGCCUGGGAAGCUACUAGAGGUCCUGAGCACCCCAACCCCCUUCAUCAUCGGUGUCAAUUCAUUCUUUCGCUCGGAGACACAAGAACUGUUGGAUGUGAUCAUCGCUGACCUGGACGGUGGCACAGUGACCAUCCCCGAGUGUGUCCACAUCUCCCUGCUGCCUGAACCACUCCUCCAGCAAACCCAGACUGUGCUCUCCAUGGUUUUGGAUCCAGAGCUAGAAGUGGCUGAUCAUGCCUUUCCCCCACUCUCCACACAACCCUCUGCACUCAAGAUCCAGGAUAAGGAGAUCCGGGGAGUCUUCCUGUGGCUGUUUGCUCGGCUCUUUCAGGGCUAUCGCUGGUGUUUACACAUCAUCCGCAUUCAUCCCGAACCAGUGAUUCGCUUCCAUAAGGCUGCCUUCCUGGGCCAGAGGUCGCUGACAGAGGACGACUUCCUCAUGAAGGUCUUGGAUGGCAUGGCGUUUGCAGGCUUCGUGUCAGAGAGAGGGCCUCCUUACAGAGCCACUGAUCUGUUUGAUGAUCUGGUAGCCAAUCAGGUGGAGCGCAUCCGACAAGAGGAGACCUGUCCGCACAAAGUCAUGAACCACGUGAAGGAACUGGCUGAGCAGCUUUUCAAAAAUGAGAAUCCUUACCCCGCUGUGGCGAUGCACAAAGUCCAGCGACCGUCAGAAAACAGCCAGAACACCGCACAGAAUCAGACGCUGUUCCCUUCGUUGGACGAGGUAGCGGUGCAGCUCUUCAUCGACCAUGCUGCCGCCAAGCUCAAGACUGCACCUCCUGUGGUCAAGGCGGAGCUCAAGGGCAUGGUGCCAUCUGGGCCCCCACUGGGAGAUGUCGUGGACAGGAAUGGCCACGUGAUGGCCAACAGCGCACGCAGGCUGGAGGUGGUCAGGAACUGCAUCACGUACAUCUUUGAGAACAAGAUGCUGGAGGCCAAGAAGUUAAUGCCAGCUGUACUGCGAGCAUUGAAGGGUCGGGCCGCCCGGGUUUGUUUGACCCAGGAGCUCAAUCAGCAUGUUCUACAGAAUCGAGCUGUACUGGAUGACCAGCAGUUUGAUUACAUUGUCCGAAUGAUGAACUGCACCUUACAAGACUGCUCACAUAUAGAUGAACACGGUAUUGCAGCUGCCCUCCUUCCACUUGUCACAGCCUUCUGCAGAAAAAUGGGCGCAGGCAUCACUCAGUUUGCCUACAGCUGCGUACAGGAGCACAUGGUGUGGACCACCAUGCAGUUCUGGGAAGCCAUGUUCUACAGCGAUGUACAGAACCACAUCAGAGCCCUUUACCUGGAGACAGACGAUGUAGAGCAGCAAAACAACUCUGAGCAGCAGGACGGGUCGGGCAGUGGGAGGGAAAUCAGCGCCCUGGAGCUGGCGUCGGAGCAAAGCCGGCUGUGGCCGACGCUCAGCAAGGAAAUGCAGACGGAGCGUGUGCAGAAGGAGGAGAGCACGGUGUUCAGCCAGGCCAUCCACUACGCCAACAGGAUGAGCUACCUGCUGCUGCCACUGGACACCAGCAAGAACCGGCUGCUGAGGAGCUCCGGUCUCGGAGACGUGGAGAGCGUCAGCAACAGCUACGUCACAAACAGUAUUGCAGGCAGCAUGGCGGAGAGCUACGACACAGAGAGUGGCUUCGAAGACGCUGAGAGCUCCGAUGUGGCUAACUCAGUGGUGCGCUUCAUUAAUCGCUUCGUAGACAAAGUGUGCAAUGAGAGCGGCGUGACCAACGAGCACCUGAAGGCUCUCCAUACCAUGAUACCAGAUAUUGUUCAGAUGCACAUCGAGACGUUAGAUGCAGUCCACAGGGAGAGUAAGAGACUGCCUCCCAUCCAAAAGCCCAAGCUGCUGAGGCCAACGCUGUUGGCUGGAGAGGAGCUGGUGAUGGACGGCAUGCGGGUCCACUUGAUCCCUGAUGGCCGCGAGGAGGCCACGGGGCUGAUGGGAGGUCCGCCUCUGCUCCCUGCUGAGGGUGCCAUCUUCCUCACCACCUACCGUCUCAUCUUCAAGGGCACGCCCACUGACCCGCUGGUGGGUGAGCAGGUGGUGACUCGUUCAUUCCCCAUCGCCUCUCUUACAAAGGAGAAGAGGAUCUCAGUCACUUUACCCAUGGACCAGUUUGUCCAGGAGGGGCUACAGCUACGGUCCUGCACCUUCCAGCUGAUGAAAAUUGCGUUCGACGAGGAGGUGGCAUCAGACCUGGCCGAGGUUUUCAGGAAGCACAUGCACAAGCUGCGCUAUCCUCAGCACGUCCAGGGCACCUUCGCCUUCACUGUGGGUCAGUGCGGGAAGAUGGUGGUGGAGCACAAGACCAAGGAUAAGAACCAGUCGCUAAAGACACUUUCCAAAAACCUGGUGAAGAGUGCCAAAAGGACCAUCGGCCGGCAGUAUGUGACCAGGAAGAAAUAUUCUCCCCCCACCUGGGAGAACAGGAGCAGCUUCCAGUCAGAGCUCGAUGAGGAUGAAAUCUCAGUUUCAGAGGAGGUAGACCAGAGUUCCCUCACCCUCUCCUCCACCAUCCGCUCAUCUGACAGACAGACCAUGAGCAAUGUUGUGGAGCGUGCCUGUUGCCGUGACUACCAGCGUCUGGGUCUGGGCACGCUCAGUAACAGCCUAACGCGUUCUAAGAACGAGCCUUUCAGGAUUUCAACCGUCAACCGCAUGUACACUGUCUGCAGGAGCUACCCCGGCCUGCUGAUUGUGCCUCAGAGCAUCCCAGACUCGACUAUCUCGAGAAUCUGUCGCUGCUACCGGCAGAAUCGCUUCCCUGUGGUUUGCUGGAGGAAUUCUCGAACCAAGGCCGUCCUGCUGCGAUCUGCAGGCCUCCAUGCGAAGGGGGUGGUGGGCUUCUUCAAGUCCCCCAAUGCCCCUGCUUCAGUGCCCUCCCAGGCAGACUCCACCAGUCUGGAGCAGGAGAAAUACCUGCAGGCCAUCAUCAGCUCCAUGCCUUCAUACAGCGAGAACAGCGGCAGGAACACACUCAGUGGCUUCACCUCCACACACAUGAGCACCUCUGACUCCUCAGACAAGCUGAGGCAGCCCAAGAUCGGCGCUCUGAUGAAGCAGGUGAUGGGCACCAAGGAGGAUGCACCUGGGACCUUCAGCAGAGGAGCUCUGGGUCAAAGGGCGAAAGUCAUCUCCCUCUCUCAGCCCAAAGUGUCUGGCAAGGCCAGGAACCCUCCUAGAGGUAAAUGGGGCAGUAUCCGAGGCAGUGGGCGUCUAAGUGCCUACAACCCAGACGUGGGGACACGACUGGCAGGGAAAGAGUCUCCACAGCCCAACGGAGGGCCAAGCGAGGCACUGUUUCUCCGCCAGCAGAAGGCCUACCUCUACAUCAUUGGAGACAAGGCCCAGCUCAAGGGAGGGAAGCAGGACUCGUUCCAGCAGUGGGAGGUGGUUCCCAUCGAGGUGUGUGACGUGCGACAGGUGAAGAACAGCUUCAAGAAGCUGAUGAAGGCCUGCGUGCCGAGCACCCCGCCCUCUGACCCCAACAUGAGCUUCCUGCGCUGCCUUGAGGACUCUGAGUGGAUGUCUCUGCUCCACAGGGUGCUGCAGGUGUCUGUGCUAGUGGUGGAGCUUCUGGAUACAGGCUCAUCGGUCAUGGUCAGCCUGGAGGACGGCUGGGACGUCACCACGCAGGUGGUGUCCCUGGUGCAGCUGCUGUCUGAUCCGUACUACCGAACCUUCGACGGCUUCCGGCUGCUGGUGGAGAAGGAGUGGCUGUCGUUCGGACACAGGUUCAGCCACCGUGGAGCGCAGACGCUGGGAAGCCAGAGCAGCGGCUUCACCCCCGUCUUCCUGCAAUUCCUCGACUGUGUACACCAGAUCCACCUCCAGUUCCCCAUGGAGUUUGAGUUCAGUCAGUACUACCUGAAGUUCUUGGCCUACCACUACGUGUCCAACCGCUUCCGCACCUUCCUGCUCGACUCUGACUAUGAACGCAUCGAGCUGGGAGUGCUGUAUGAGGAGAAAGGAGAGAGGAGAAGUCCUCAGGUGUGUAAGUCUGUGUGGGACUACAUCGACAGACUCAACAAGAAAACACCCAUCUUCUACAAUUACAUGUUCUCUCCUGAAGACGACGAGGUGCUGCGGCCGUACACCUUCAACUCCAACCUGAAGGUGUGGGACUUCUACAUGGAGGAGACUCUGUCAGAGGGGCCCUCGUACGACUGGGAGCUGAGGGGCCGGCAGGAGCGCGUGGCAGAGGAGACGCCAGAGAAACCCGACAGCAGCGGCCCUAAAUCACAGCGACGCAUCGUGUGGCCGUGCUACGACAGCCUGAGCAAGGUGGUGCCUGACGCCAUCACCAAGCUGCUGCAGGACCUGCAGAGCCUGGAGGCAGAGCUCGGACAGACGUCGGAGAAGUGGAAGGACACGUGGGAUAAAAUCAAGACCACACAGAGAACGGAGGCCAAACUGGAGAGCAAGCCAUCGUUCUCCAGCUCCUUGCUGAUGUCGUCUAACCUGAGCCACCAGCGACGCUCUCAGGGCGUCUACCUGCAGGAGAGCGGCGUAGGAUCUUCCAUCAACCUGGCUCUGGACUGUGAGGCCAGCGCCACCUCCACGCCCGUCGCUGGUCGGCAGAGCACCAGCACACUCUACAGCCAGUUCCAGAGCACGGAGAGUGAGAACAGGAGUUUUGAAGGCAUCCUGUUUAAGAAAGGGGCGCUGUUGAAACCAUGGAAACCACGGUGGUUUGUGCUCGACAAGACCAAACAUCAGCUGAGAUACUACGAGAGCCGGCAGGACAAGGAGUGUAAAGGAGUGAUCGAGCUGGCCGAUGUGGAGUCCGUCAUUCCAGGAACGCCUGCUAUGGGAGCACCGAAAAACAUAGAGGAGAAAGCCUUCUUUGAUCUCAAGACGACCAAACGAGUGUACAACUUCUGUGCCCAGGACAGCCACAACGCACAGCUGUGGAUGGACAGUGUUCAGAGCUGCCUGUCAGACGCCUAGAGAGAAGGCGGGACUCUUAAAGGAGCAAUGCAAGCAGGAAUGAAUGAGCAGUGCUGCGGCACCUGACGGACAUCUCUGCCGGCCAAUCCCAGCGGAAACAGGGAGGGGAAGGGGCCUUUCACCACUUAAGCUCUGUUCUGUUCGCUAGUGUUGAACUAAUAACCUCGCGUCACAACGUUUCAGUGUUUUUGUUAUAAAAGUCAGAAAAAGAAAAAAAAAAUGUCCCUGAAGAACCACUCGCUGUGUCUCACCUGCAGCCUCUCACCUCCCCGACAGUCUGACCACUAUGUGCGCUGGAUGUCUGUAUGCACAAAAACAAUGCAUAUUAAAGCACGUCGUUGCAUUUCUGUGAGGCGUCCUGCAGCUUGGACCAGCAUGAAGAUUUUUCCAGACCCUCCACCUGUAAAACCACAACCCCGCUCUCCCUCCUACUAACCCUGCUCGCCCUUUAAGACACUCUGGGGAGGAAUGACGGAGGAGCUGCAGUCGCCCGGCGGCCCAGCCACAUACAGGACCCGUUAGACUGCUACAAAAAAGGAUCUAAAAGAUCGACCGGUGGGUUGACGGACCAAAACAACCCUGAGGAACACAUGCUGACAGCAAACGCUCUUUAUUCCAGUCCUCAAAGGUCUCUGCUCCCUUUGCCUCUCACUGCCUGAUGUAGCCCAUUCACAGUAUAUUUACAAGAAGUUUGAGAGGAGUGUGACGCUGCAGCUCAACGGUUCAUGAAGGAUUUCCUUUUCCUUUUUUUUCUUUUCCAAAAUCUCAAAUCUGUACCAGAAAGAGAUCAAUGCUCAUCAGCUGUCCUCAGCAGGCGAUGGUGAUGACGAUAUACUGUGAAAGCCAUGAAUCAGUCGCAGAGAUCAAACCAGGAGAGCCAGUCGGAGGUCGGAGUCUGUCAGGUAUUGAGUGUGUCGGUGAACUUUCACUGAGAGUGUUUACAAAGUAGACAAAACUUCCCUCACUAAGCUAAACUCUGCUCUUCACCUGUGUGUUUUUAAUCAGUACAACCACUAUUAACAUUCAGAUUUUUAAGGGAUGCUGAAGGAAAAAGGAGGGACUUAUUUUGUAGUGAUUAUCUUAAAAACAACAACAAAAAAACAAUCUAUAGAAGGAGAUCUGGAAGGUAGGAGAUUAAAAGGAGGGUUACUAAUGAACAGAGUGAUAUUAUGGGAUGCUUCAGAGAGAUUAUGGUUUUUAGAGGAAGACAUUGACUCGCCACAGUGCUCCAAGUGUCAGAAACUGGAUGUUUGUGAAAGGAAAAUUCUGGUAUUUUUCAACUUUCUUAUUCUCAUGAUUGUGUCCAUUAUGGUAUGUGCUAAAUUUGCAUUUUCUGACUCCACAAUAUAUUGGGCCAAGCAAUGUCAGCCACCAAAAGCUUUCCACAUCAAUUUGAAUACAGAAAUAAUUUCAAACGCUUUUCUGCAACUCCCACUGAAAGUGAACACAAUUAUUAGCCCCCCUAGAUUAGCUACUGUGCUUAACUGCAUGCUAAUUUUAUAGCAAGGACAACCUGCUGGUUUACCCAACUAGCUGUAUGGUCAGCCACCUAGCAUACUACCUAUUCAUCAACAAACAUUUAUUGCUUAUUAUUUCAUAUAUAGCAAGAUUCUGCUACAAACCGAGGUAAAUAAAUGCUACGAAAAUGUCCAAACAGCUAAUCCAGGGGGCUGUGUUCUGUGUUAACUUCUGCCUGGGCUCUUAAAUGUGUGAAAUUAUUUACGUAAAAGUCAAGUUCAUUAGGAAAACGUCAGGAGGCUCACACCGCUUAGCGUGAUAAAUAAAUCAUUAGAUAUUUAGCUCAUGCAUGAGCUAAGAAAAACACGUUUUCAGCUUUGCGAUAAUGCAUUUUAAGUGCAUACGAUGUAUUUUUAAAUGUUUGAUUUAACUAAAUAUGUAGGAGAAAUUCCUCAACCCAUAAAGGAAUCUAUCUUUCAGGGUUUUUUUUUAACAUUUCAAAAUAACAAAAUUUUCAUUGAAUUUUUGUUUUUGCUGUUUCUGACAUAUUUUAAAAACUGAUGUGGUGAGUGCAAAUUUAUGACUCAGUCACAAUGGCCACAAUUAUAAAAUAAGCCUGAGGUUAAAAAGUAGUGGAAUUUUCCUAAAGAUGCUGGGACAUGGAAAGUCACCCAAAGGUGUGAGAGCUGGUUCCAUCACAUUCACGUGUACUCGGCUGCUGAGACUCACUGUUCCUGUUUCAGAUGCAUCACCAGUCCAGCUGUGUGGACACCACCGUUACCUUCAGUGCUGAAGCUUGUACAUAGACGAGUCUACAUCUGUUAGAGUGCUAGAGAAACAGUAUGUUUAGCUGGAAGGUUUCAAACAUCAAGUCACUUUUUUUUUUUUUUUUUUUAAUAAAUGUCAGUGUUUUGUCAGACUCCCGCCCCCCACCUCUCUGUCCUCCAAACACACACCAACCACUCUGACCCACACAUGUUAACACAAACCCUGCUCUGUAAAAUACGGUUCUACUGCUGUCUUUGUUGAACUUAAAAUUUGAAAUUGUAGAUUUUUUUUGUGUCUAAUAACUCCUUUGUAUAUACUACUCAGAUUUGUAUGUAACGUUUAUGGUAGUAAUUUAUUUAACUUGUCUCCUCAGUAAGAAAGUUCCUCAAGCACCACUUUAUUUUUAAAUUAGGAAUUCAAUGUGCCAUUUGUUUAUUUUCUGUAUUAAUGUGACUAAUGCUUUUUUUUUUUUUUUUGGAAAAAUGUACAAGUAAACCCUCAAUGUCUUUUUUUUCUCUUUUGUAUACACGGUUGUCCUUACGCAGUACCAACCACUAAUGCAAGAGUGGAAAUGGUGUGUUAGUGGAAGCCUCUGGGCUGUUUUUUUUAAAGGCUGGUUGGAUUUGACUGUGUUGCUCAGCCACAGUGAUGGGAUGUUCUGGAUGUAGCUUACAGUCACAAUAAAAGUCAGACACAUGAAGUUCCCCUGGUGCUGGGUUCUGCUGCCAGCUUAAUGGACUCAUUUUGUGCCCAUUAAAUAGUCGGUGACGAGAUGUGGCAUUAUAACAAGUCAGGCUGCCUAAAUGUGCCGUUUAUCAGUCCACAGAAUCAACUGAACAAUAUUGGCAUGUUCAUAUAAAAUUAUUUACUAAAGAUGCCAAACACACUAGUUUAGGGAACGUGGUGUGUUCACAAACAUUAGGUUUCAAUGUCCUCUGGUUGAAAGUUUCAAUCAACCUGUAACCAAGUUUGCAUUUGAGAAGAUGGAACGCGCUCAAAUUGUGGGGGGAUUUUUGCUUGAAGGUGAGUUAAAGGUUGUGUAUGCGACAUUCAGAGCAUCAAUAUAUCAGCAAACAACCAUGUCCUAUGUAAAGACAUAGUGAAAUAAUGGCAUCUUGAGAAGAGAAUGAAGUCCUGCUCCGUGUAGGAGUUUUGUAAUCAGCACGUGUGUAUCCCACUGGCUAGCUAAUCACCGUUGCUGCACUGUGCUCAUAUGGGCAGUUACAGGCGGCUGCUGCUGAUAAUGAUGGCGUCAUUACGAAAGCAUAGCGCACACCCUCCAGUUUCCCACCUAGGUCAACGCCCUGUCAGCACUGUUACCGUUAGUAGCACUGUUCAUGCUGUUAGCACCGUUAGCUGCAGGCUGCUGGCUCAUCACCCUGCAUGAUGAGAGCUGUGUGCAGACAAUCCCGGCUCAGACUCUCAUAGAACAGUAUCACGUAGCUAGACUUAACACAUGCAGUGGAGCGCUGGAGAAAGUCUGGCUGAACCCAUCAUGAUCCCAAACUGAGGGAAAAAAACGCUCUGGGUUGUUUUUAUUUCUUUAAACCAAUCACAAUCAUUGUGGGCGGAACUAAGCCCAGGAUGCAGCGACAGCGCCUUUGCAUAAUAGUGUUGGGAGAAAACUUUUUUUGAUGGAGAGGCGGCUAAAUCCCUGCAGAAGAAAACACAUAAAACCUUAAAAGACGUGUGUAUGUUGCUAUUUCAUAAGUUGUUUGACGCACAGCACUAACAUGACGUGUGGAGACAGGUCUGUCUAUGCAAGACUAGUUUGGCAUAGCAACAGGGAUUUUUAGGCAGCCAGUCGCAUUUAUUUUUUACCUACAGUGUAAAGAUAUGCUCUGAAUGUCGCACAGUGCUCCUUUAAAGAAUUCUAAUUAAUCAGCAACAGGUCAGCAAAGAAAGUCUCAGCAUGGUGUUAAAGUUGCAGUCGACUACAACUAUCAUUGGUUUGUUGUGACUGCCAUCUUGUCACUAAACGUGUUGUGUAGUUAUUACUCUGUUGUGAUUGCCUUACAGUAGCUGCCUGAUCCACUGUAUUGAUAAGCAUGAUGCUAACGUUAGCAACAAGGUCCAGAGUGUCAGUAUCCGGUGGUGUUUUAACUGUCGUCAUACCACCAGGCAGACAGACUGAAUCACUGCUGUGUUGCUUUUUAGACACUUCAGCAUCCAUUCAGUUUGCUGGAGGUCUGGUGACUGAGAAAACUAAAGUACACAGCCAACAUCAUCAUCAUACAUAGUUAAGUUUUAGGUGACCUUGUGCAUCUUAAAAUAAUCUUCCCCUGAGGAACAGAUGGACCAAAGUGACAACAGCAGCCAGAACCCUGUGCCUGUGGGGACGCUCAGUGUGACCUUGUGUUUUGACUGCAGUCUGCAUCCAGUUUCGACUCAGCUCAUCUUUUCACUCGAGUUUACUCAUCUCUACAACAGCUACAUUAACCACAGCAACAUGACAUAAUCCUUUUUAUUUAUUUUUCUUCUUUUUUUUUUUAUUAGAAAUGACUUUCUGAGCCGGGUUAUGUUGUCAAUCAUGUCAAUAUAGUUUUUAGAAUCCAAAUAAAAACUGUGGGUUUAAAUGUU